GACGCGCGCACACAAGCGGAAGUUCGUCUGUGUCGCCGCUGUGUGUUUUCAGGACGCAUCAUGAGAAAUAUCUUGCUCAUUUUGACUGAACUGAUACUUAAAAUGUUUUAAUCUCUGAAGGGCAUCAUGAGCGGCACGUGUAGGGAGAUUAUUACACUCCAGCUGGGGCAUUAUUCCAACUUUAUCGGGACGCACUGGUGGAAUUUACAGGAUGCGGCGCUGGUUUAUGACUGCGAUGCGCCGCUCGGAGAGCUGCAGAGCGACAUGUUGUUCAGAGAGGGUCUUACUCUCGGUGGACACGUCACAUACACACCUCGACUCAUCGCCAUGGACCUCAAAGGAAGUCUUCAGACGCUGAGGAAGGAAGGCAGUCUGUAUGGCACAGAGAAGGAAAACAGCAACUUUACGUGGAAAGGACAGGUUAUGACCCAUAAAGAAAGCCCUCCCACCAAGAACGCCUUCCUACAAGAGCUGGACAGUCUGGACACGGGAGGUUUACUAGCAGAGCCAGACAUCUUCUGUUCUUCCUCUGCUGUGGCUCACUGCUCCGUGAGCAACGCGGGAGCGGGUGUUGCCAUGGAGACGGUGAACAACAGACUGGAGCGGAUCCAGAGAUCCUAUUGGCUGGAGGGGAGUGUGAGGGUGUGGUCAGACUUCCUGAGGAUCCACCUUCAUCCGCGCACCGUGUCCAUCAUCAACCAGUACAACCACGACGGCGAGUCGGAGCGUCUGGAGGCGUUCGGGCAGGGCGAGGCGCUCUUACGGGGCUCAGUGCUGGAGGAUCUGGAGGACCGGCUGCAUUUCUUCGUGGAGGAGUGCGACUAUCUGCAGGGUUUUCAGGUGUUGUGUGAUCUGGCUGAUGGUUUCUCAGGCCUGGGGUCAAAGGUCACGGAGCUGUUGCAGGACUCUUACGGAGGGCGUGGCCUCCUCACCUGGGGCGUGGCACCUGUCAAUCACCCAGAAACGAGCUCUAUAAAGGACUUGUACCACAUGAUGAACUGUGCGCUAGGAACACUCCAGAUGGCCAAUCACAGCUCGUUCUUCUGCCCUUUGACCCUGAGAGGCGGGUUAAUGAGACGCCCGCCUCCACCCACAGCCUUCCCGCUGCUCAACUGUGACCCGAUGCUGUGGUAUCACUCCAGCUCGGUCCUGGCUCUGGCGCUGGACUGUAUGACGGCCUCGUACAGACUGAGACAGAACAGCGCACCCAUGUGGCAGCUUUCAGACGCUCUGGCCGUCUCGGGAAGGAAGGUUGUUUCAGCGUACAGCUCUGUCCCAUUUCCCAUGAUGCACGGCGGCUGUCUCCCGGACGCCCUGGAUGCAUUCGCUGAUGUUUUGCCCUGGAGACCCAUAUCAGCGUGUCCCGAGCUCGCAGACGGGCGCUGUUUCGGCCAGUCAGUGACUCUCAGAGGUUUAGACGGACAGAGUUUAGUCAGUUCGUUGCUACCCGGCACAGAGCCGCCCAGCUCCCUGCACUACGAGCGCUCCGGAGAGGAUGUUCUGACCACAUACAUCAGAUCACAUUACCCAUCAACACCACUGGCGGUUCAGCUGCUGUCCAGUGCCUGUAAAGUGACCCCUCCGUUCCCACAGAUCUUCAGUCCGGCUCUGAGUCCACAGGGUUUCCUCCAGAACCAGAACCAGAGCGCUGCUGAUUACACUUCCUGUCAGCCGGUGGCUGGUCUUCCUGUGCUGACGUGUCUUCAGUCCAGUCCUGCUGUGGGUCUCCAGCUGUCUGAGCUCCAGAAGGCGUGUUCUGCGCUGGAUCUGUGUCGAGUGUCCGCCAGCUUCCUGACACACGGCCCCGAGCCGGCCGAGAUCUCCGAGUCCAUGGAGCAGCUCCGCAGCCUCGCAAACUGCUACCGCCUCGACCUCUGCCGCUCUUCAUCUGACGAGGACGAUGAUGAUGAUGACUAGGAGACUCCAGCGGACUCUUCCUCACGCUGCUGCCGACGCGGCUCCGAGCUCAGAGCAUGCUGCCUCCGGGAAUGAUGGGAUAGGAGCUUACUGAACACACCCU